AGGCUUCCUGGCCUAUAAGGGGACAAGCAGAUCUCUUCAUCUCUUGCAAGUUGCAACAGCAGGAGCGGCAGCGGCAGCGGCAGCAGCAGAGGAGCGGAGCUCCAGCCAUGGCAGAGAAGGGCGUGAAGGUAUUCGGCAUGUGGGCGAGCCCGAUGGUGAUCCGGGUGGAGUGGGCGCUCCGGCUGAAGGGCGUGGAGUACGAGUACGUCGACGAGGACCUCGCCAACAAGAGCGCCGACCUGCUCCGCUACAACCCGGUGACCAAGAAGGUGCCCGUGCUCGUCCACGGCGGCAAGCCUAUCGCCGAGUCCACCAUCAUCGUCGAGUACAUCGACGAGGCCUGGAAGGGCGGCCACCCCAUCAUGCCGGCCGACCCCUACGAGCGUGCCCAGGCGAGGUUCUGGGCCAGGUACGCUGAAGACAAGUGCAACGCCGCCCUGUACCCGAUCUUCACCACCACCGGCGAGGCGCAGCGCGAGGUGGUGCGCGAGGCCCAGCGGUGCCUCAAGACCCUGGAGGCGGCGCUGGAGGGGAGGAGGUUCUUCGGCGGCGACGCCGUGGGCUACCUCGACAUCGUCGUCGGGUGGCUCGCGCACUGGCUGCCGGUCAUCGAGGAGGUGUCCGGCGCCAGCGUCGUCACCGACGAGGAGCUCCCGCUGAUGAAGGCCUGGUUCGGCCGGUUCCUCGCCGUGGACGCGGUCAGGGCGGCCCUGCCCGACAGGGACAGGCUCCUCGCGGCCAACAAAGCCCGCCGCGAGCAGCUCCUCUCCUCCGCGUAGACGGCUUGCUAGUGAUUCUAGCGCAGCCACGCAUCAUCAACGCCAUCUGUAGCUGAAUAAGGAUUGCACGGGCACGUUGUGCAACAGAGGAUUGGAAGUCCAUUUUACCCAUGCAAUCGUUAUUAUGCUGUUGUAUCGAUUAUCAUACGAGUUGCCUACUAAUUCGGUUAUUCCCAAAAAUACUGCGUGCUGGCAUGUCCGAAUGUGUUUGCCAGGAUCUCGCCGUAGAAGGAGGCGGCGGAGCCUCGCGACAGGACCUUGGUCAAUGUGCCCUUGCGCGGCUCUUGGAAGAACACGACGGCGCUGGCCGGCAGCGUCGACGAGCCGCAGAAGAAGUUGGCACCAUGGUUCAUGAACCAUGAUGGCGGCACGCGGCCGACUGGGUCAGCAGCAGGCCCAGUAGCUAGUGGCCCGUUUGGCCGAUCGAUCUCGUGCUGCCGUCCUUCGGCUAUGGCUGCUUGCAAUUUUAUCGCUGUCCAGUCAAGUCAGUGACCUUGCAUUUCUAGAAGCCGUAU